UAAUAUCUCAUUCUGGGUUUCUUUCGAUUCCAAAUAGGUUUCCAUAGUCGAGUCUCUAGUUCCGCAAAUGGCUGUCCCCUUGUCUCCUUCCACACUGUACACAGGCAACAAGAGGUCUCCCAUUAUCCAUUUUAUUAGGCUGAUGAAAAGUUUUUAAUUUCUGAAAAAUUGCCAGCUUGCCAGAGAAGAGUUAAUGAGCCUGGCUGUUUGCAAGCUCGCAAACUUCCUGGUUGGCUCCAGCCAUCUGUGGGAACGAGGCUGAAUCCAGCUUUUCUUUGAGCAAACAGGUGAUGGACGUUCUUCCCACCAGCUAUUAGUGUCUGCUUUCCCUUUUUUUUCUUCCUCCAGAGUGCCUACAAAAGAAGCAACUUCAACCCGGGGUUUUUGCCUGAGCGAUGUGAAGAAAACCACCUGGAACAUCAAGGUAAGGGUCCCUUUCAGAAGCCUUCUGCGUCGUCCUUCGCCGUCUCGUUCUUGCACGGAGAACGUGCAACUCUCCCCACUGGCUUUUGACAAAAGCAGAACCGCUGACUUCCACCUUUCGCCAUGGCCAAACUAGAGACCCUCUCCAUCCUGAGCGACGCCAGCUACCACAGCCAGGAGACCUUCCACGCCUUCCACCCCAGGAGCUCUGAGUCCACCUCGCAGAGCAUCGUGGGCAGCGGAGUCCCUCCCGAAAAGGAUUUUGCCCUGAAGAGCCUGGGCACCAGGCCUCAGAACAGCCACCCGCAGCUGGAUGGGACCCGGAGUAGUUACACUCUCUCCACGCGUCACGCUGGGGAGGAGAAGACCUGCAAGGCGGAGAAGGUCUCCAAUUCCAUCUACAUUAAUGGGGACUUGCGCAAGAACGAGAAGGGAAAGGCCGACGUCUGUGGGACUGUGGCGGCCAACAACGAGAAGAACAUGCCUCCGCCACUGCCCCAGUACAGAGAAGCCAAUAAACCACCAAAGAUAUUGCCAGUCUCCGGGAAACUGGACCAGAAUACCGAAUCCUUACUUAGACCUUCAGCCUUUAAACCAGUUGUUCCUAAAAACUUCCAUUCCAUGCAAAACCUGUGUCCACCGCAGAACAAUGGCGUGGCCACCGAGAACCGAAAGACUUUAAACCACACGCACAGCAAUAGUCCCGCCCCGGUCAAAAGCGGCUUGGAGAAGGCCAGCCUUAACAGGACUACCAAUGCGGGAGGUGGUCUCUCCGAUUCCGGCCGCAACUCUUUAACCAGCUUGCCCACCUACGGCACGGGCUACAGCCAGCACGUGGGUCCCAUGAGCGCCUCCACCAGUCACAUCAACCGCAUCGGGACCACCUACGGCGAGAAGAACGUGGUGGGAUACGGGAUAUCUACCUCAGACAGCGGCCGAUCUUCCACCAAGAGCACGUCUUCGUUCAGCCGACUCAACCACCUCAACGAGACGCUGCCUUUCCACUCGCCUUCCACGGACGACAUCAUCGAAGAUCUGGAGAACCGGCUGUGGGAGAAGGAGCAGGAAGUCCUCCAGAUGAGGAGGAACCUGGACAAGAGCGAGACGGCCAUCUACCAGGUCUUUGAGGAGAAGCAGAAGAUUUGGGAACGGGAGAUGGAAGAGCUGAGGCAGAACUACGCCAACAAGUUUCAGCAAGUCUCCAAGAAGGCCCAGAGAGCUCAACAGGCUCUCCAGCUCCAGAUCUUUAAGCUCCAGCAGGAGAAGAAGAAGCUCCAGGAGGACGUGGCUCAACUCCUUCAACAACGGGAAGAGCUGGAGAAGAAAUUUGUGGCUUUCAAGAAAGAGCAGGCCGAGUUCCUUCCCAAGAUGGAAGAGACCCGAUGGGAGGUGAGCGUCAGCCAGGGUCAACACCAAACAAGGGAUUCAACCAACGUUGUGUGCCAAAAGGCCGGCGAGAUUUCCCUGCUGAAGCAGCAGCUGAAGGACUCUCAAGCCGACGUCUCCCAAAAGCUGAACGAGAUCGUCGGGCUGCGUACCCAACUCAAAGAAGGCCAGAGCUUCCUCAGAGAGAAGGACGAGCAGUUCUUGACGCUGAAGGACUCCUACAGCACCAAGAGCCUCAGCCUGGACUUCUGCGAGAACGAGCUGCAGCAGAAGAUGGACGAGGUCCAGAUGUUGCGGGAGAAGCUCAGCCAGUGUGAGCUGGAAGUCUCCAACCUGAAGCAGACGCUGGUGCAGCUGGGAGGACACCCCAACCAUGUCCCUUCGGAACUGCCGGAGAAGCUCGCCAGGGAUCCCGUGGCCUGCGAGAGCGACGAGGCCAAGAUGAAACGACAGAGCGAGGAGAACCUCAACGCCUUGAGGAGAGAAGUGGAGAGGCUCCAGGGGGAGCUGAAAGCCGAGCGCCAGUUACGGGAGCAGCAAAUUGUGGACUUUGAGGAGGAGCGUUGCACGUGGCAGGAGGAGAAGGAGAAAGUCAUCAAGUACCAGAAGCAGCUGCAGUUGAACUACGUGGAGAUGUAUCAGAAGAACCAACUUCUGGAGCACAAGGUGAACGAGAUGACCAGCAAGGCCGCCAGCCUCUCCCACGCCGAUGAAAAGAAAACGUGGACUCCAUCCCGACUGGAAAGGAUAGAAUCCACCGAAAUCUAAAGGAAAGAACCAAGGCAUUUUGUGUACGUUUUUUCUAAUUAUGGUGCCUGUCAUUCCGCUGGAGAUCUUCCCAAGUAGAAUAUGUGACAAUAACCAGCAGCAUAAAUCUUUGCACUUGGCCCCUCAGACAUAACUUUGGUGCUCUACAAAUUGCUUUUAUUGUGGGGGGGGAGGAAGCCACAGGUAUACUUUUGUGUUCCAGGGAGGGUUUGUUAUCAGGAGUACUUUUUAGUUGAUGUGGUGUUUUUGUUGUUGUUGUUGUUGUUAUGACUCCAUUAGCCAAUGCACUACAA